AUGGCGGGCGCCAUGUGCGCAAGUGACGAAGGGAGGACCAGCACCCAGCACCAGUGCCCACGGCUGACAAUGCGGCUCCUGUCUUCGGACCCGGCUAAACCGAGAAGCGAGAUUGUUAUCACUUACCCCUGCAGCCAUUUGAAUCAGCGACAACAACAGCGGCACAGGGGGGAUGGAGGUAACCCGCGCACCGACUAUUGCCACCUGAACGGACUGAGCGCAAAGACAUACCAACCACUCACCCCACACCGAGCCUGCAACAAAAACCACCCAGGAACCAACAACCACAUGCCGACUACACCAAGCUCCCCUUCACGGCUGACGCCGACCCUCAGAGAACUAAGAGGGACAAGCAUACUGAAGCACAGCUGCAGACUCAGAGGAACCAGCGAGAACCUUACAGCGCAGCAUGAGUGGACUGUGUCCUGA